AUGUCCAAUGACAAUCGAAAGUCUGGUUACGGGUUGAAGUCUGGGGUCAGGCGGAAGUUCAGCGUCGGGUGGAAAUCCGGCGAGGGGCGGAAGUUCAGCCUUUCCACCGUCUACCACGUGUCAACUAACCGGAGCCAACCUCUAGCUCAGCUCCACCAGGCACGUGACCCGGUCCAGACCAUGUUUCGUACGAGUCAUCCAGUCACAUCCCAACCAAACCAGUCCACCGCUCCGGCCCCAUCACCUAGUCGGUCUGCUCGCCGGCCGGACCCGGUGAUCGUUCUCCUCAUGCUAUCGGCCACGCUGACCGUAAUGCUGCUCUUCGGCCGUCUCUGUGCCGUGUUAUGCAAUUGCGCGUGGUUCUACCUCUUAUCUUGCAUUCCGCCGGCCCCAAUGCCGCCGUCGCCGGCGAAAGAGCUUUCCGGGGUGGAGGAACUGGAUUUGGAUUCACCGGCGUAUAAGAAGAAGGUGGUGCUUAUGGGCUUGCUUGAAAGAAACAGGUACGGUUUUUCAGGAGUGCCAAUGACUCCAAUGGCUUCCCCGACGACGGCCAGACUGAACAGGUAGCCCUGGUGAACCACACCAAUUGUUUA